CUCAGAGUUAUCUUAUACUUAUCUGGUACCAGUUGUGACCGAUCGUUUAAUAGUCUUCGGUCUAAGCUGUAUUAAUUGUUUUCUUUUCGUGUUAGUUUUCGAUUCCCAACAGGAAUGCCCUUUCAAUACCAAUACCAGUACGGCCCAAAGGAGACAUUCAAUUCCUUCUGUAGUGAAUCGAACCCUCUCUGACCAAGAUGACGGACGAGGCGCGGUUACAUAACGGUUACCAAUGCCUGCCAGAAGAAUUGGGACAGGAUGCUGUCUUAUGUGUUGCCGACGAUCCAAAGAACUACGGCUCUUUUGAGAAUUCCACAGGUAAGUCGGACAAGUGGAAGAACGGCUUCGUGAAAUGGUCGAUAAUCCUCCUCCUCAGCGGCCUCAGCUGGAGCUGCCUCUACCUCGUGCUGCACGGCGAAGUACUCCCCUCCGGGGGUCUCUUCCAACUCCUGGUACUCCUCUUGAUCGCGGAAGCUGGGGGUCAGCUCUGUAAGCUGGUCAAGCUGCCGGCGCUGCUGGGCAUGCUGAUAGCUGGCAUAGUUCUCAAGAGCUGUGGCUUCUUCAGGCUCUAUGGCGUGUAUCCGGAUCUCGUCAUCGUGUCCAGGAACUUGGCCCUGUCUGUGAUCCUGAUCAAGGCAGGCCUCGGACUAGAUCCUGUUGCUCUACGAAGGCUCAAGUUCACCGUCCUCAGGUUGGCAGUCCUUCCCUGUAUCUGUGAGGCCUGUGGAGCCGCUCUCGCAGCCAACAUCUUUUUCGGAGUUCCUUGGAUAUGGUCCUUCCUCAUUGGGUUCAUCCUCAGCCCGAUAUCUCCUGCUGUGGUCGUCCCGACUUUACUGAGCUUGAAGGAGAAGGGUUAUGGAGAGGACAAGGGAAUCUCGACGUUGGUCAUCGCUGCUUCUUCUAUAGACGACAUUUUGUCCAUUUCUGCCUUCGGGGUUAUCAUGAGCGCAAUAUUCACACCAGAGAAUGACAUGACAAUGGCAAUAUUACAAGGCCCAUUAGAGCUGUUAGGAGGGCUAGUUGGAGGGAGUGUGUGGGGAUCAAUGUGUGGCUACCUCGGCACGCAGAGUGAGGGAGAAUGGAAGCAGACUGCACUGAUAGGACUAGGUGGAUUUGUAGCUGUCGUCGGCAGCCAUGAAUUCGGAAUACCUGGAGCUGGACCCCUCGCCGCUAUCACCUCUGCCUUUGUAGCUAACUUUAUUUGGAAUAAUUUUGGAUCAUUUUCUCCUUCUCAGAACCCUGUAUCAGACAAAUUCAGCAGCAUAUGGGCUAUCGUCCAACCAGCUCUUUUUGGAUUGAUUGGUGCUGAGGUUGACCUGACGAUAAUAGAAGUUUCACUUCUAGUUCAAAGUGUCGUUAUAUUUUUGUCGAGUCUUGUAAUCCGAUUUGCAGCCUGUGUGAUAUGCCUUCUUGAUGUUGAUCUGAACUGGAAGGAGGUGUUAUUUGUGAACAUGGCUUGGCUACCGAAGGCGACAGUUCAAGCCGCACUAUCACCUCAGCCUCUGGACCAGUUGAGAGAAACGCCCGACAGCCCGGACCUGCCCAUAGCGAAGUUACUUCUAACGACAGCCGUUCUUGCCAUCAUUGUAACAGCUCCUAUUGGCUCUAUAGCGAUAUCCCUAACGGGACCAAUCCUCCUCAAGAAAGCAAAUAAGCCCAAUACUACACCCAUUGAUAGUUAACGUCUGCGGUUGAGCAGUGAACAAUAUGGUUCAGAGCUUUAAUAAAUAACAAUACUCCUUGUGUAGAAGAUGUCUCAUGACCGAAGGUGGAUAGUUUAAGUGUGUAUUGCUCAUACCAUUUCUAGAAUAAAAAAAAAAGCUAAUAAACAUAUGUCUACAAAAUAUCUAAGAAGAUGAGUGGUCAGGCUUUUCAGUUAAACUACUUUAUUUUAGUUGCCGAUAUUUUGAUCCAAGCAUGAAGGUUUUAGGGAUAAAAACUUAAAUAUUACAUCAGAAAUAUAAGAUAUAGACAGUGGACUCUCACUAAUCCAAACUAAUUCAAAACUAAAGGGAUUUAGAUUAGCGAAAAAUUAGGAUUAUUGAAUGGUAAAAAUAUCACUUCAUAAAUAAUCAAUCAAUUUAAAAACAAAAUUAUAAAUGUAUAAACAUUAAAACAUUUGUCUGGAACUUGAAAUAAGGUCCCUGAUCAUAUUUGCUUUAGUAAUAAAAUGUGAAAAAUCAAACAAGAACAAAAAAAAAAAAAAACUGUAUUAAGUAAGUUUUCUUAAAUCUAAGAAAAGAGGCCAUUUCAUAAAAAACAAAUCAAUUUAAAAACAAAAAUUAUGAAUUUAUUAACAUAAAAUUUUUUUUACAAUAAUUAAUCAUUGUUCAGAAUUAAAAAAAAAAAAAAUAUUUUCCUGUGAAAUAAUCUGGAAUUUUAGUUUGUUUGGAACAUGAAAUAGUCUUUUUCAAGGCCUCUGUCUGACCAUAUUUGUUUCAGCAAUAGAAUCUGAAAAAUCAAAAAAGACCAAAAAAAAAGAAACUCUAUUAAAUAUGUUUUCCCUAAUCUGAUUUUUCCAAAGAUAUGUUAUUUAAAAAUUGACUAAGGAUUACAUUGUUUUCUAUUACCUAUUGGGGAUCCAUUUGUUGAAACAUGGUACAACUUCUUCAUGCUUAAUCAAUUUAAUUUAAAUAAUAUCUUCAUUUUUUUAAAUGAUUGAUUUGGAUUAUGGAAUGGUCCAUUUAGUGAGAUUCGGAUCAGUGAGAGUCUACAUGAAUAAGCCAAGUUAAACAGCUGGGAUAAACAAUUUUUUUUCUGUUGGCAAUAUACCAUCUCUGCCUAUCUUGGGCUGUUUAUUUCCAGCUAUCUUUGAUUCAAUUUAUCCACCUUGUUUUUGGCCUUAUACCUGUUCUCUGGCCUACUAUUGAGGCAUCCAUUGUGAUAUAGAGGCUCCCAUAUGGAUUACUUUGAGCUACUUGCCCCACCACCAUCUUAACCUCAUUCUCUUCUCUCAUCAGAAAUUGAUUGACAAGUUUCUGUAAGCAGUAAAUAGUACAAAUAAAAAAAAGAAAUAUGCAUAAAACAACUAGGGCUUAGAAUAAAUGAGGUGAAUUUAUUAAUUUGAAAACUACAUUAUACAGUAAGAUUUAGUAAGUAAAAAGAAUAUGAUUGAAUAAGUUUAAGAAGGUAUAAGCUAAAUCAUAUUGCUCAUCCAACAGAAUAAUGAUAAAACUACAAAUCAUACUAAAAAGAGCAAAUCAUAAUAGGGGAAUCAAAAUAAUUAGAAUUAUUAUUAAAUAUAUUACACAAUUUAAAACAUUGAUUAUUAUAAAGUUCUUCUAUCCAUUAAAAUUUUUCUUUUAUUGUACUAUGAUGUAAAUUCAAUUAAACACAUCUUUCCGACAAUUUAAUGUAAUAAAUAUUUUUCACAAAAUUUAAAGUUGUAUUGUCGUUCCACCUGAUGAGCAAUAUUAUAAGUAAAUAAAAAAGUAACCAAUAUAAAUAUUACCUUAAUAAUUACUAAAGGUUUCUAUAUACCAUAGCAUCAAGGAAUGAGCUGAGCGACAUGAUAUAAGUAGAUUGGGGUCGGGAGACGAAGGGAGUUUCCCUCACUUUUAGGCGUGCUUCUUCUUUAUUUAAGUUUUACUAUUUAUUUUAUGUGCACUAGUUAUCUUUUUCUCUUUACUUAUUUAUUUACUUUUAUCUACACCUUAUAUUUCUGUUAUGAUUUUUAAUUUUUAGCCCGGAUGAUAACCCAAAUGCUUAGUUCGAAAUAAUAGCAAUGUGAGUUAAAAAUUUUUACUUAAAAUCCUGAUUAUACAUGACUAGAUAAUUUUCAAACAAUCAACAAAAUCAAUCUCUGUAAAUGCUUUCUAACAGACAUUCAUAACAUUUAACCUUUAUAUGAAUAUAUGACACAUUUUGUAUUAUUCUGUAACGUUUUUAUCAACCUCAUAUUUUUUAUGUUUCAUUUAUUAGUUUAGUGUAUUUUACAUUUAAUUUCAGUCGAGUAUUGUUUUUCUUCAGUAUUAUACUUAUUUAAAAAGUUGUUUUCAACCAAAGAGUACAUUGAUAUUCAUUUGUAUGCUUAUUAUAAUGGAAAUUAAUGAUUUCUUAAUCUCUGAGAGCCAGAUAGAUGCUACAUUAACUUUUAUGUAUAAAUACUUUUUAUGUAAAUGGGAAUCUUCAGUCAUGGGCCACCAUAUAUAAUUACUAAUAAUACUCUCAAUUAUUAUUACCAAGAAUAUAGAUUACAAUUUUGUUAAUUAUAGAAGAAUUUUAUCUGAAGUCAGAUACAGUUAAGUUAAUUUUCUGUGAAGCAGGAUGGAAAUAUUUAUUAUAUUUUAUCAGUGAUCUUUGUAUUAUUAUUAUUAUUAUUAUUAAAAUACAAUACUCUUAAGUUAAGCCUGUUAUGGAACUUUGAAUAAAUAACAUUCUUAAAAUUAUAUAUUUU